GGUCUAUCUCAGCAGUCUACUCCUGGUUUUACAGCUGUAUACUAUAUCUGCGCUGGUUCGCAGUGUGUCUCCACCUACAACUUUUUACUACCCUAUUACAGCGGCUACCUUGUCGUGUAUACUUCCUACUUCCUCCCCCCGCGGUUAUCAGUCAACGCCCGCCCCGCUCUGGCGCUACACUCCAUUUGAGUCGCCUCCCCCCUGAAUUGCUUCAACCUUGCCAUUUAUAACGCCCUCAUAUCUCUCCGUUUUCUUAUAUUUCUGAAACAACCAUGUCUUCGACCAUCCAUGACCCUAGACUCCUCUACAGCGUGAACAAUAUCCUCGCCUUUCACAUUCAGAAUGGCGAAGAAACAGAGCUCACGCCCUCGGGGCCUCAGACACUGUCGCUCUUGAUGGUCCCAACAAGUACACCCCAGCCUUCGAAUUCCAAUGCGAUGGAUGGUGCAUCCCCCGAAGAGGACUUCUAUCUGCAUCUGCAUCUCCCCCCGGAGCUCGACCUCGCGCUUCCGGCCACCACUCAGAUCUUCCACCAACCUCCCAACAGCUAUCUGAUCCCCCGCUGGGAUCUGGGGCCCGAUGCAGGCGCCUUCAUCCGGAUUCAGUUCCCGGGGGUCGGGUCGGGUCCUGGAAAGGUGGCGCAGGAAGACGUGGACACCUUCGAGACGAUUCUGGCUCAGUGCACGGCCUUUCUGGAGCGUGCGCCUCCUCCUAAGAAGGAGAAUUACGUUGCGUACAAUCCGGCCACUUAUGGCCCGGGCGAAGGCUACGUCGGGCCCGCAGCGACUGAUUCUAAGAAUCCGCAGGGGCGCAUUGUCCUCAUCGACGAAGAGAAUGGCAGUACGGUGGGGGAAAUGGAAGGCUAUGACGUAGUUGAGAAACCCGGUGUGCAGCCAGGGUCCAAGAGACCCGUGGAGAUCCAACUCCCGGCUGAAGGUGAAGGCAACCAGAUCAGCGUCAGCAAUGCAUCCGAAGAGUACCUGCAGAUGGCGCGCCUUCCCGCCUACAAGUCAUCUACCCUCGUUCAGACCUCCGCCACCGCGUCUCGCCUAAUCGUGACCGGGUCAACGUACCUAUCCAACGCCAUGACCGCGGGCGCAGACACCUUCGCCAAGAAGACCAAGCCCAGCCCGAAGCCCAUGACCUUCUCCGAGAACGCCCACACCCGCAUCCGCAAAGUGGGCACCGUGUCCACCAGCGCAGCCGACCUCUCCGCCAAAACAGUCGGACAAGUAGGCAAAUACGCGCAGAAUUUCGGCGCCUCGCUAGCCCGCCGCAGCAAAGACAACGGGAAGCAAAAGGGCGUGGACAAGUACAGCAGCGAGUACAAGCCCGGCGUGCUCAACAAAUCCAUGAUCGCCUUCUCCACGCUAGCCGACGGCGUCGAGCAAAGCGCCCGCAACGUGCUGACCUCGAGCUCCGUCGCCGCCAGCAACAUGAUCGGCCACCGCUGGGGCGCCGAGGCCGGCUCCGUAGCGACCGAGUUGACCGGCGGCGUCAAGAACGUCGGCCUCGUCUACAUCGACGCCUCGGGCGUCAGCCGCCGCGCGCUCCUCAAGUCCGUCGCCAAGGGCAUGGUCGUCGGCCGCAUGAGGGACGGCAAGCAGGUGGUUGUCGGCGCGGGUGACGGCGGAGCCGUCCCUCCCGGCGUCACCUCUUCGUCCUCCCCCUACCCUGGACAUUCUUCCACGCUGGAUGCCCGGGAUCCCGUCCACAGACGCCCUUCCCCUAACCCCACUCCCCCGCCUGCUUAUGGCGCUUCGGGAACUAUGUCUAUGGGUGGGGCUUCCAUGUCUGGGGGAAAGCACUGACCUUUCCUCUUUCUUUCUUUCUCUUUUCUUUUUUUCCUACCUUUUUUAUAAUUCUUUGUUUAACUUUUUUUUUUCUUUUUCAAUCUAAGUCGGUAUUUGACAUUGCAUACGUUGGAUUUUACUUUACCUUGGCUAAAGACAUUGUUUGACAUACGAGUAAUAUAUGAACAUAUGGUACUGGUUAGGAAUGCGUGAUCCAGGCGGUUUACAUGGCAAUAUACUUGGAGGAUGAUCGAUUAGGUACCUCAGAUAUCUAAAU